UUACCGAUCUACUGUCUUCUCGGGCGGCUGAAUGCAAGUAUGGGGCCAGGAAUUAUCAGGCAAACGGUUCUACAGAAGAGUGAGGUGAUGCGAUGCUGUGCGGUCAUUUGUUUGGAAGAUCAACCCGAACAAUGGAAAGACCCUGAUCUGCUCUUCCAUUGGAUGAUCAUCCCUUGAAGGAUGUCACUGUCAAUCUUGCAGGUAGGCCAAUCGAUGGGAGGCCUAGUGUUUCAACCUUUCCCCUCCCUCUCCUCUCCUGGUAGGGCAUACCUCAUCGAUAUUACGGAGAAGGAGAAGAAAGGGGGAGGAAUGAGAGAUCGCUUCCCACCGACUAUUUGCCUGACUCCAUACAUGUGCGACUUCCCUAUAGGUGGAGGGGUGGAUACCAGCCCAGCUCAAUCUCAUCAUCGUAGUCUGUCUGUAACAGAUUCAUGGCCUCCUUUCGAGUUUCCAGCGCCAAAUCCCCACCGACAGUCCCGUCCGUUCUCCAUACACGCAGAAUACGGAGUAACCCGCCCACCGUCAUUUCAACUGCAUUUGCCUUGCUGGAAGAUCCACCCCGGCCCCCCUUAUAUGGGCACUAUUAUCACGACUAUCCGGAGGACUACGACUAUUCUUGCGGUGGUUGCGACAGUUUCGCUCCUCAGUUUCGAAAUACAACCUUUUUUCCCAGGCACCCGGCACGGCGGUCAUUCUGGGGAAAAAGUAUGUGGAUCUUGGAGAUCCUCCUUUUUUUUUGCUUUUUAUUUUUAUUUUUUUUUUUUAAUUUUCGUUUCUUGUCGCUCGUUGAUGCCCGUCGACUCCUUGUAGAUAAUGACGGGGUAUUAAGGCAUGCCCGAGGAUUAUGAUGAUUACUGCGGAGUAUUAUUUUUCAGAUAUGAAGGGAAAUUUGAAGGUCGGACU